AUGAAUGUUUAAAGCUUUAAUUUUGGUUCUUCGUCUACAUAAUAGUAUUAACUAAAUUUAAAAGCAAUAAGUUAAAAUUCAGUUACAAUUGAGGUAUAAUCUGUAGAUAAUUCAUCUAUUCUGGAUCUAAUGAUUGGUAUACUUGCUGUAGACUAUCCUUGUGUAAAAACAAUUAAAAAUACAAUAACUAAAAGUAAUCCAACUUUUUUACACACUUUUGAGCAAAACAUAUACUAAUAUGCUGCCUUUUUUACUUCUUUCUAAAGUGAACAAUAUGCUUAAUUGCAAUUUGAUUUUAAUUCUAAAAAAGUUGAUAAUCACAAUAUAUAAAUUUAAGCUGCUAAUUUUUAAGGAGUGAAUUCAAUAGAUUAUAAUCUUAUAGUUUUUUAUUGUGAUAUUAAUAAUUUUAAAGACUCUCCAUUAUAUGAUUAUUAAAUAACUAACUUUGAUAAUAUAAUGUCUGGUACUACAUUAGUAUCAACUAAGCUAUAAAAACCAAGCACAGGGUUUUAUGGUAUUAAUAGUAUGAAUCUUAAAAAUAGUUUUAAAACUUAUUCAAUUUUCUUUAAACUAAAAGAUCCUCAGAAUCCAAUAUUAACCGGAUAAUAUUAAUUCAGUUCUGAAAUAGUAAAAGCUAAUAAUAUUACUUUUCAGACAGUUUCUUAUUUAAAUUCACAAGUAUUUGAUUUGGUAAAGUUGAUUUGCCCUGAAGGUUAAUAUUUAUAUAAUAAGAGUUGUAUUUUACCUUCUACGGAAGGAGUUUAUUGUUAAAAUAAUCCUAAUAUAUGUUAUGACUGUCAAACUAAUUGUAAGACUUGUGAUACUUCUGCUAAUAAUUGCUUAAGUUGUAAAUAAAAUAAAUAUUUUUUUGAAAAUUAAUGCUAUGAUAACUAAUAAGAUGGGACUUAUUGCAUAAAUUAUAUGUGCUAUAGAUGCUCUAAAUAAUGUAAGCAAUGCUAAAAUAACUAAGACUUUUGCACUUAAUGUUAUGAUUUUUAAUUUUUAUUUAAUAAUAGUUGUUACAUUUAAAAGCCGAGUUAAGCCUACUGUAAAUAGAGAAAGAAUAAAAUUAUUUGA